AUGCUGCCCCCGGGCGUCGUCGGCCUCGUCCAGGGCGACGGCGUCCAGGGCGCGGCGCUCGUGCGGGCCGACGUCCAGAUGGUCGCGAUGACGGGCAGCUCCGCGACGGGAAAGAAGAUCAUGGCGUCGUGCGCCGACAACCUGAAGCGGCUCGUGCUCGAGCUCGGCGGCAAGGACCCCAUGGUCGUCUUCGACGACGCGGACCUCGACAAGGCCGCCGAGGACGCCGUGACCUUUAGCCUCUACAACUGCGGCCAGGUCUGCUGCGCCGUCGAGCGCGUCUAUGUCGCGGAAGCCAUCUACGACCAGUUCGAGGCCAAGUGCGCGGCGCUGACGGCGGCGCAGCGGGCGGGCCCGGGCAAGGACGAAAAAUCGAAGAUCGGCCCGCUCUGCUCGUCGCUGCAGCGCGACAACGUCGCCAACCUGGUCAACGCCGCGCUCGACGCCGGCGCGCGCAAGGUCUGCUCGGCGCCCGCGGCCCAGGGCCCGAACUUCUACCCGGCGACGCUUCUCGCCGACGUGCCCCACGCCUGCGCCAUGUCGCGCGACGAGCUCUUCGGCCCCGUCGUCUGCCUCACGAAGUUCGACGGCUCGGAGGCCGAGGCCGUGCGGCUCUCGAACGACACGGACUACGGCCUCGCGGCCUACGUCUACACGCAGGACCUGGUCAAGGCGCGGCGCUGCGCCAUGCAGAUCAAGGCGGGCCAGGUCGGCAUCAACAACUGGACCGUCGCGUCCGCGCCGCCGUCCUGCCCCUGGAUCGGCCACAAGGCCAGCGGUUUCGGCUACCACAGCGGCGAGGACGGCUGGCGCCAGUUCUCCUCGCCCAAGUCCCUCAUCUACACCGACGCGGACCUCGUCCCGCCGGCGCCGCCGAAGGGCGCUUGA